AGCUAGACGGGUCCCAUGCGCCUAGCGUCGGCUUAGGUGCAGAGUUCAGGCCAGGACAUGUGCGUGUCCAAGGAGCAGGGUAGGAAGCCGAGGACGUUGACGCCGCCGGUGUUGCCACUACCACCUCUGGGUGAGCGCUUCAGGUUCCUUCGACUGCUGACUCAGGAGCGCGACAACACGCGGAUCGAGCUCUACGAAGACCUUGUACAGGGCUGCAAGGUCGUGGGCAAGCGAAUGCUCCGUACUUGGACAUUGAACAGCCCGAAGGAGUUUGCAGAUGCCAACCCCGAGCUCUUGGAAAGUCCUUGGCAGGAACUCGAGCUGAGCCUUAGCCUGGGCGGCCGGAUGGCACAGGGUGUGUGUCGCAGCUUCGGAGCUUUCGAAGACCAUGACAUCAUCCUCUUCAUGGAGUACGUCCGCGGCGGGGACUUCCACGACCUCGCCAAGCGCUGCUCCACCGAGCCCGGGAGUGCGCGGGAGGAGCAGGCGUGGCCCUUGAUCCUUUCUCUCCUCAACGCUGUUCGCGGCCUGCACGACCGCGGGGUUGCCCAUGGAGAUAUCUCACUUGAGAAUGCAUUGCUGGGGGAAGAUGCUGAGGUGAGGCUGGUGGACUUUGCAGCUGCGGUCAUGGGGCCUGCGCAAGGUGUCCGCGGUAAGCCCUCGUACCAGGCGCCUGAAAUGCACCAGGCUGGGGCUGGCAGCUACGACGCCAAGGCAGCGGACCUGUUCGCCUGUGGGGUCUUCAUCUACGCGCUUCUCAUUGCUGAUUACCCCUGGAAGUCGACCAGGCCCGGGACGUGCUCGGCCUUCGACUUCUAUUCCUCUCAGGGCUUGCAGGCUUUCCUGGCCCAGCGGCGGAUCCGCUUCAACGGCUGCAAGGGGCCGCCAGUGGCGACGGCGCUGUCUCCGCGGAUGACCCACCUGCUGUCGAUACUGCUGAGUCCCAGUCCCUCAAAGCGGGAACGGAUUUGGCAGGAGCUCCCCAACUCUGCAGUCCCUGAGAUCCGUGAGAUAGAGGACUGUGGCGUGCGGCUGACCCUGAAGGUGAAGUAAGGGCCCGUGAGGAGUAUGGGGCUGCCUGGUUCCGUGCUGUGCCCCCCCUCCGAAACAAAAUGCAAGGCUUCCUCGUGGUUCCCCUGGAAAACAAACG